ACUAUAGUGCGGCCCGAAGAGGCCCAUUGCCAUCAAGGCAAGGAAGAUGUGCCUCGGAGGGGAUUGGUUCAUUUACAGAUGAUGGCGAUGGCAAGUUGGCAACGGCCGCACCCCACAGCCCCCCACACCAUCCCCCACUGGCUCAACUGCAAGUAAGCUGCAGAUUUUGACGAUCAGUGUUUCUGCCAAUAGUCUGCCCACAUGCUGAUGCUGGACCAACAGUGUCUCGGGGUCAUUGGAGUUGUGAUAGGUGGAACCCCUCGUCAAUUCCUGCUGCCAACUUUCAUCUCCUUCUGUCUGAACGCAGGCUUAGUGGUAACAGCCUGCACGGCACUAGGUGGAAUGGCAAGCAUCAAAGUCCAUGCAACAAGACCCUCCCAUUCCGGCCAGUAUUACCAUCAGGCAAGGAUCUAUAGUCGGCGACUCCGUGAUCCGUUGGCAAUUAGCAUAAUUGAGGAACAUACGCAAUAGUAAGAAUAUUUACCAAUUACAGCGUGUUCCUUUUCACAACUGUCACUGGCGUGAUAGCCUGGAGG